AGACCAGGCGCGGAAUACCUCUCUUAACGACCCCGCUGCAUUCGCACAACACAACGAGAGUCGCGCUAACGUAUGAAGCUACGUUCCUGACUUUUGCUCUCAUUUCGAUUUUGUUUUCUUUUUCAUUCCCCCCUCCCUCUCCAAACGAAAAAAGGAAGACAGUACGGCUUCCGCACAAGCAGCAACUGCAUUCACUGUUCUUUUUUAUUUGCCGACUUACCCCCCCCCCCCCACUUCAAGAUAUUGUCGCUCUUCGGAGAAUGAACAGUGGAGCCUCGUCAUUUCUCGUUUUCGUUUCCACCUACUUUUCUUUCUGCCUUCUGUUUGUCUUCUCUCUCCGCAACUAAAGCCUCCAACUUCGCUUUCGUUUCUUUGUUGUUGUUCCCCGUCCCGUCGCCUCUUUGUUAAUCUGCGCUUUGGUUGGUCGUUUGAUGUACAGGAGCGCCCCACGUAGAAGCGGCGCUGCGGUUGGGUUUCUGCGUUUUCCUCCCGCGCGAUCCCUCGCUACUUGUGAUUUGUUUAUCAUAAUAAAAAAAAAAAAUAAUAAUAAUAAAGGAAAAAUUUCAAAACGAAAAAAGACUAGUACGGUGAAGCGCUGCACUAGUCGUCUUAGUGUUUGUUUUUUCUUUCGCAAACUAUACAGUGUCGUCGCUGUAGGUCUACUUGAUUGGCUGUUGUCUGUUUGUCUGUUUGUAUUUGUUGUUCUUCUUUGUUUCUUCUCGAUUACUUCUCCUCUCUAAAUUUCGUGCUGGCAAGGUGGAAAGGGUUGUUUUCGUGUAGAAAAGACUUCCUUGUGCUGUUACUACAACGAAAUUUCUCCCCCUCAAACACCUAAAAGUAGCGCCUCAACGACGGAGAAGGAAAGCAUUUUUUUGUUGUUGUUUUUAACGUUCUUGUCGUGUGUUUUUUCUUGCUUGUUGUUUCGUCUUUCGACCAUUUGUAUAUAUAUAUAUAGUUUUUGUAAGCAGCUAGACCUUCUCUAACACGACAGGGCCACAUUUGGGCUUUUCAUUCUUCGUUUUUCAAAAGACCUUUCCUUUUGUGAAUCCGAGUGCCAACGUGCUCUAUUUUUGUUUUCGAGGGCUUCCAUCACAACUAUUAUCGAGUAUCAAAAAAGAGACACAGAGUGAAGUACAUUGUUUCUAGAACGUGAACCUCAACGGACCCGUCGACCGCUGCUGCCAGGGUCUGCUCCUCCGUGGCUUCUCUGUUUCGAUAAAUGAUUCAUUUGUUUCUUUUUUAAAGCCUAACUGCUGUUUUCUUUUCGUUGAUUUGCUGAGGAGACUAGUUAUUCUAUAUACAGUUAAGUUUGAAUUCCUUUCCGACACUUUGCUGGAGUUUUCUGUCUCCUAUCUUUUGUGCUCUUAGUUGUUAUUCAACAGUCGUUCUUUGCUUUGCUGUCAUUUUUUUUGUUUUUCCCGCGUCCAGCCUCGUUCUGAAACGUUAAGAAAGUGAUCGUGGCCGUGUCAAGCGUUGCUUCAUCACACUACAUCAAGAUUCAGCAUUCAGAGAAACGGCGGCGCCACGAAGAAUUUUCUCACUUUAGUUCAUAUAUAUAUAGGUAGCGUUGGAGCAGCGGUGAGGCAAUACUAACGAGGGGUGACUCGUGAAGGCACCGUCAGCCCCUUGAAUACAAAUUUUCUUUUAUAUAUUUUAUUAUUACUAUUAUAAUUACGGCUUCGUGCAUUUUAUUGUUCUCUAUUUUUUUCUGCUUUACUUUCCUCUUUGUUUUCAACAACUAUUGCUUUAUUAUUACGCUAUUGAUAUCCCUUUUGUUGUCUUUCAACUCUCUCAUUGUUUGGCGGAGACGGUUAAAUUCUCAUACCUUCACAGUAAGCAACGCGGAGAACUAAGAAGAGCAACCGCGUUGCAACCUUCAGUUCUACCCGAAACGUUAUAUUUUUCAUAUAUAUAUAUAUAUAUAUAUAUAUAUUAUGCUGUUGGAUUGAUUCAAUAUUUUCCAAAUUGAUCCUCUGGCAGACCCAGUUUUUUGUUUGCGGAUUGACAAGUGUAGUCUUUCAACAACUCUUUUUCCUGGACUUGAACACACAGCAGAACCUGUUGAGUGUGGUCCGGCAUUUUUUUCCCUUUCUGUCCCACGCAUGCUGCACGUCGCUCCACUGAUGCGUGAGGUACAACUGCUGGUUCUUCUUGUUGGGGCAGCGCUGACGUUUGCGCUGUCCCUGACAGGUCUACUAACGUGGCGCUCCAUGCCGUUUUUCAAGCCCCCAGUUCCAGGUCAGCCGCGAUCCCACGGCUACAACGGCGCGGGGAUGCUCGGCAUCCUCACGUUCUUCACGUUUGCCGGCUCGUCGGUUGCGCUUCUCUUUGAAAGCUCCCAGCUGUUUGUGCGUUACACGUUCCACCCCGCUCACACCGGCCGCAAGUGGGUGGUGUACCAGCACGCCGCCAUCGUCACACAAGUGGGUCUUGCUCUCUUCUUCUUUCUCACCGGUGUGGUGUCGUUUGUGCGGUGGGCGUCCAAUCCAGCGAAGUGUGCCUUCAUUUUCUGUCUCGGCGUGGAGAGUCACCCCUCCGUCGCAAAGUCGCGCGGGGAGAGCUUCAGCGCCCUUCUGUCUAGUAUUUUCUUCGUCGCACUUGUCCCGUUGUCGUGUGUGAUGUGGUACCGCGUCUACACGCUGUGGCUGCUGCAGAAGGCCUUCCGCGCCGUCGGGACCAGCGAAGGCGUUCACUCAACGAUCGCCGGCGACUUUGCCGUGAACCCCUCCGACAAAAACGGUGGAGAGAGCCACAGCGACGCUUCCAUUUUGGUUGCGAACACGAGCACCUCUUCCCCGGGAGAGGGCAGCGCCUGCGCGGCCACUUCCGCCAACCCCAUGGCGAAGCCUCCGAGCAUACGCACGUACGCGGCCACGCCGUGGAAGAAGCAGCUCUCGCGCAUCAUCGGGCUGUGCCUCGGCAUUGUUGCGUGUGCGCUGUUGACGUUCUGGCUGCCCAACGAUCCGCGCAAGACUUCUGCUUACGGGAUUGCGAGCUUCGCCAGCCUUUGCAUUUCGAGGGAGCACCGCAGCGGGAACUCCACGGUGCCUGAGAUGCCAUACGCGUGGUUCCGCACCGGUCAGAUCCGCGUCUCGCAAGACCUCAUUCUGAAGCUCUUCCCCGGCAACGUCUUCUUCUACGUGUACCUGCUCUCGCUGGCGAUCAUCGUGUUUGUGCUGCGGCAGACGCAGACGGGUCGGUACUGGAUGCAGCGCCGCAUCCCGCGCUGUGCGUGCUUCACGUACGGCGAGGCAGCCUUCAUGGCGGCCACGGCGUGGCUCGUCCUCUUCUUCACCAUCUACUGGGUGCGGGACCACAACUUCAAAGUUGCCUGGACGGCUGACACUCCCGACAGUCGGCAGAUCAAGAGAGCCGAACGGUGGGCCCGCGGGAUGGGUCAGCUCGCCAUCCUCUUCCUGUCGCUGCUGCUGCUGCCUGUGGGUCGGCAGUCCGUCAUUGUGACGGUGCUCGGUGUCUCGCGCGACGGCCUGCUGUGGUUCCACCGCGCGGUGGGCUACUGCAUGCUUGCGGCAACGCUGGCCCACGUUAUUGCCUUUUACGUUUCGUUCGCAGACUACGACCUCUUGAUGGAGAACCUAAACAAAAUACCGAACAUUGUGGGCGAGAAACGUGUGAUGGACGACUACACAGUGAGUGUGGCGACGUGGACGACGUGGUUUCUGCUGGUGGCGAUGGGCAUCUUCAGCCUGAACGCGAUGCGGCGCCGCUUCUACGAGCUCUUCUACUACGCGCACCUCGGCGCCACCUACAUGACGCUGCCCAUGAUGAUCUUCCACGCGUCGGCGGGCUGGAUGUACAUGCUGCCGGGGCUGACGCUGUUCCUGGCGGACCAGCUGGUGCGGGUGUGGCAGCGGUCGGCGGUGGUGCGUGUGGUGCACGCGCGGACGAUCAGCGAGGACACGGUGGAGCUGGCCUUCUCGGUGCCCGGGCGGUGGGACAUGCGCUGCGUGCACCCCGGCCAGUACGUGCUGGUGUGCGUGCCGGAGCUGACGGCGCUGCAGUGGCACCCCUUCACGCUGACCAGCGUGGUGGACGAGGACGGGGCGGCGGACGCGGGCGGCGUUGCGGUGAGCACGACGGGGACGGUGUUCUACCUGCACAUCAAGUCGAUGGGGCCGCUGACGUGGACGGGGCGGCUGUACGACAUGGUGCGGAGCGGGCAGGUGUUCAGCGUGGGCGUGGAGGGCCCCUGCGGGACGCCGGUGGACUACAGCCGCUACGACGACAUCGUGCUCGUCGCGGGCGGCAUCGGCGCCGCGCCGUGCGUGUCGGUGUACGGGUCGCUGCUGCGCGCGCACAUGCGGAGCGCCGACGGCGCUGGUGUGCCGCGUGUGCGGAUGGUGUGGAGCACGCGGUCUGCGUCGCUGGUGGGUGCCGUGGCGGACAUGCUGCAGCUGCCGGUGUCGUACCGCGGCCUCGUGCGGAUGCCGGAGCAGCGAGAGAAGGGGACGACUGCUGCCGCGAUGAACUCGUGCGUACGGGCAAUGCUGGAGGGGAACGCCAGGUGUCUGCGCACUGCAGAGGCGUUCAUGUGUGACAUCUACGUGACCCGCGAGGGUGAGCUGGAGAAGUUCGCUGUGGUGACAAGCGGUGUUGCUGACCGACGAGGCCGUGUAGGCGUCUUCCGCGAGGAGCUGGAAGGAGACGGCAUUGACUCCGCCGCUGCUGCCGCGACGAGUCAUCCCGGUGGAUGUGUACGACUGCAUGAGGGCCGCCCGGAUGUGUUCCGUGAGGUUGUGGAGACGCUGACGGACCCUGCAACCGGGCUGGUCAAAGGCGAUGUGACGCGCAUGCUGGUGCUGGCUUGCGGUCCGGAAAGAAUGGUGGCGGACGCCGUCAACGCCUGCGCAAAACUAGGCGUUGCUGUGCACGUGGAGGAGUUCCUCUUCUAA